CAUUUAUUAUUAAUUAAGAUAUUUAUUUUUUAAUCUCUUUAAAUAAAGUAAAUUUUAUUAAAUUAAUUAAAUAAUUUAAACAAAUAAUAUUCUCGUAAAUUAGUUGAUUUCUUUAAAUUAAAUUCCCUAAUUAAUCAAGUUGUAAAUAAAUUAAAAUCGCUGUGAAUAAAUUUAAUUUGGUGUGAAAAAAUAAUUUAAUUAUUUUAUUUGCCCAUGAUUUUUGUUUGAUUCCGUUAGUUUUAAUGGAGGUCCGCGUUUUGCAUAGAAGAAGAUCUGACUAUGUGCCUGAGGGCCCAAACAGGCGGCCAAUGCCUAUGAGGAACCCUGAUCCGGCUCUUCAUCCUUUUUCAAGGGCCAGAGAGUACACGAGGGCACUAAUCGCGACAAAAUUGAGCAAAAUGUUUGCUAAACCACUUAUUUCAGCACUAGAAGGACAUACAGACUCUGUUAAUACUAUGGCAGUUAGCAGAACGCAGCUGGCUGAUUUGUUUACCGGUUGUUGCAAAGGUGAAGUUCGGAUGUGGAACUUACUAAAGAAGAAUAAGGGGAAAGUUCUAGGGAAGCAUGACGGAUUCGUUAAUGGGUUAUGUGUAAAUAAUGAUGGAACGUUGUUAUAUUCUUGUGGGACUGAUAAGUACUUAAAAUGCUGGCGUGUUCCCGACAAGGCGAAUUUGGAAGAAAUUGAAGUGGAAUCCGAAGAUAAUUCAUAUUAUGAUAUAAUUUCACAAUAUAAAAAUGACACAAAAGCUGCGAAUGUGUUUCUAGCUGGAAGUAUUUUGAACGGACUUGACCACCAAUGGGCCAAUAACCUGAUAGGCAAGUGGAAACCAACUGCAGGAGAUGUUUUGGAUAUUUGGGAUGGAAAUAGAAGUCUUCCAGUGAUGAAAUUUGAAUGGGGAUGCCAAUCACUUUAUAGCGUCAAGUUUAAUCCCACAACGGUAAAUUUGGUUGGAUCCACGGGUGCGGAUAAUUCGGUAGGGUUGUAUGAUAUAAGGGCCAAUACACCCAUAAGAAAGGUCAUUUUAAGGCUGAGAUCGAAUGCCUUGUGCUGGAAUCCCCAAAAUCCAAUCCACUUCACAGUGGCAAACGAGGACUCCAAUUUGUACACUUUUGACAUGAGGAAGCUGGAAAGGGCUCUCUUAGUCCAUAAAGACUUCGUAAACUCCGUGACCGAUGUUGACUACAGCCCCACCGGGAGUGAAUUUGUAGCUAGUUCUUUUGACAAAUGCGUACGGUUAUUUACUAUGGAAGGCCGUAGCAGGGACGUCUACUCGAAUAGGAGAAUGCAAAACGUCUUGUGUUGCAGGUUUUCACUGGACGGAAAAUUUGUGUGUUCGGGCAGCUCAGACAUGUGUGUGAGGAUUUGGAAAGCAAACGCAUCUGAACCACUAGGUCCGAGACCUCCAAGAGAAAGAAGAAGCCUGGAUUACCGUAAUAAACUCAUGGAGAAGUACAAGGCGCUCCCUGAAAUUAAGAGGAUACAAAGGCACCACCACGUUCCAGCACUAAUUUUGAAGCAGAAAAAACUACAGCAAGAAAAAUCUGCCGCGAAGAGAAGAAGAGAGAUUAACAGAGCACUCUUCUCCAAAGAUGGAACCGUCACCCAAGAAAAGGAAAAACCAAUUCUCAACCAGUUGGACUAAUUUUAACCCUCAAUUCCAUAAUAUUUCCACUUCAAUAA